AUGGCAGACACUCAAACUUGUUCUCAUCCCGUCGACACCUCCUAUUACGACAUACUCAAGAUCCCUGUCGAUGCCGAUCGAUUGCAAAUCAAAUCCGCUUACAAGCAAUUCUACCAUCCCGACAAAAACAAAUCGCCCGAUGCAGAGGAAAAGUUUAAACAAAUAUCAGAGGCGUAUCAAGUGCUAUGGGAUCCAGAGCUUCGAAGGCUAUACGACAAGUAUGGUAGAACCAAAGAGAUUGCAAACGCCAACUUUCCUGAUCCUCGAGACUUUUUCACCAAGGGCUUUUCUGGAACACAUCAAUUCAAAGAUUUCAUUGGGGAUUUGUCAUAUGGUGAGGUGAUGGAGAAGCAAGAGAGUCAGAAUUUGGAUUUAUUGUUGGAGCGACAGAGGCAGCGAGAAAAACGGCUAGCAGAGAUUAUGGUGGAUCGAUUAGCACUCUACGUCAACAGCAACGAGGAUCCUAUUUCUCAAGGUACUUUGUACACGUUCCAACAGCAAAUCGCAUCCGAAGUUGACAAGGCUCGAUUCAUGGGAUUACCUGUUCUUCAUUGUGUGGGCUCCAUCUAUUCAAGUAAAGCAAAGGCCUACCUCGGCAUCAGUGGUGGUGAAUGGCCGUGGAUCUUCCAUGCGGUCGCGGAUAAAGUAUCAAUCAUGCAUGAUCUAUGGACAACCGUCAGCCGAGCUACAGAAACGAAGACCACAGUGGACCGGUUAAAUAGGAUGGGUCAAGAUGAAGUUCUCACAGCCGAGCAAAGGGAAUUGUUGGAGGAUGCAGCAUGUUCACAGGCUCAUGAAGCAUUAUGGGGAUCAUGCUUAUUCGAGAUACGAAGUACGGUGCGUCGUGUAUGUGACAUGGUGUUAUAUGAUGAGUCGGUCGAUAAAAAGACGAGGUACAAGCGUGCGGAGGCAUUAAGAAUAGUUGGACAUAUGCUUGAGAGUGCUGAAGAACAUGUAGCUCUUAUGGAGACUCUGGCAAAAUCAAGUAAAUAA